AUAUGUGGAGUCCUUACGUCAAGAAUGUAAAAUCCUUGUACAAGAGGGCCUGCAGGUUGGUGGAAGCGUGGUACGAUCGAAGAGAUGUCGUACGGUACGAGUUAACAUUGUUAAGAGCUAAAUUCGACGCUAACGCUUGUGUGGUAGAUCCCGAGGAGAAGAAAAUGUUGGUUAAAAGGGGCGAGGAGGAGCUGUUUUUGAAGCAACAUUGGCAUUUGAGGAAGUUCGUCAAUUCGCCAGGUGGUGUUGCCUAUGAAAGAGAGGUGCAGAGUCCUGACUGGGUUUUGGAUUAUUGGCACCCUCUGGAAAAAAUGCAGUACCCCGAAUAUUUCGCGCGCAGAGAACAAAGAAAAAUCGAGUAUGUCAAAUUUUGGACUAAAAUGUUCAGUCCAGGAGGCGAUAAUGGUGGCCAUUGUGAUACAAAACCUCCUCCUAAAGGGCGAAUUACCGAAGAAAGUACAAAAGACAAGGACGAAGAUGACAGUUGUGCCAACCAAAAGCAUUAUUAUUGAUUCAGUUUUAGUUAAAAUGUAUUUUUGUUGAAUACAAAAUACGACGUAUUGUAAUGACCGAAACCUAU